CGGCGGUGCGGGGCCCAGGCCGUGCCGAUCCGCCCCGCGCAGCCCCAGGUGCAAGGGGAAUGAGCCCUGCCUGAAGACCCCUGCCUUCACCGGAGGUCUCCCCAGACUGCUGGGGCACUGGGCUUAACACAGCAAUGGCUGGGAGCGACUCCUUGGAAACUCCAUGAAGGAAAGAAGCACAGCUCUUGUCCAUGGGACCUGGUCCCCAUGGCACCCGGUCCCCCCAGCACCUGGUACCCCUGGCACCAGGAGCAGCACCCAGAGCAGCACCUGGUGUGCUCCUGCUCCAGUCGCCCCAGAGAGGGAGACCACCCGUCCUCAACCCAAUAACAUGGGCAGAAGACGGUGCCAGCUAUGGAGAAGGAUAUGGCUGCGUCUAUGUGAGAUCCCUCCCACAUAGAAUCAAGGCCACCUCAGUGCCGCACUCUGGUGCCUCUGUCCCCGUGCAGAGCCUGAAGAGUGGAGAGCUACCGCAGCCCUGGGAGGAAGCUGGCUCCUCGGGAACCUCUGGAGCUGGAGUGUCCAGCCUGGCUUCACGUCCCCGCCCUUGGCUCUUCGUUAUUCAUAUCCAUGCCCCACACCUAUGGGACUGCUUGGUUUAUUUCUAGAAAAUAGCGUUGGGUCAGUCACUGAAGCCUUCCCCCACAUGGACCCUUGCCUUGGGCUCUUUUGGGAGUCUGGAGCCCAGUGGCUGGAACCAAAAGGCCAAGGGCAGGGCAGGAGCUUUGGGAGCCAGAAUGGCGUCCAAUGGCACAGCCCCUUCCUGUGGCCUGGAGUCCACCGUGUUCAAGGUCACCCUCAGCAUGGUGCUCGCGGUCCUCAUCCUCGUCACUGUCGCUGGCAACGUGGUCGUCUGCCUGGCUGUGGGCCUGAACCGCCGACUCCGCAGCCUCACCAACUGCUUCAUCGUGUCCUUGGCGGUCACUGACCUGCUCCUCGGCCUCCUGGUGCUGCCCUUCUCUGCCAUCUACCAGCUGUCCUGCAGGUGGACCUUCGGCAGGGUCUUCUGCGACGUCUACACCAGCCUAGACGUGAUGCUCUGCACGGCCUCCAUCCUCAACCUCUUCAUGAUCAGCCUCGACCGCUACUGCGCCGUCACGGACCCACUGCGGUACCCUGUGAUGGUCACUCCAGCUCGUGUGGCCAUCUCCCUGGUCUUCAUCUGGGUCAUCUCCAUCACCCUGUCCUUCCUGUCUAUUCACCUGGGCUGGAACAGCAGGGGUGAGGCCAGCAAGGGCAACGACACUACCCGCAGGUGCCAUGUGCAGGUCAACGAGGUGUACGGGCUGGUGGACGGGCUGGUCACCUUCUACCUGCCUCUGCUGGUCAUGUGUGUCACCUACUAUCGCAUCUUCAAGAUCGCCCGGGAGCAGGCCAGGAGGAUCAACCACAUGAGCUCCUGCAGGGCGGCCACCAUCAGGGAGCACAAAGCCACUGUGGCGCUGGCUGUCGUGCUGGGUGCAUUCAUCAUCUGCUGGUUUCCCUACUUCACCGUGUUCGUCUACCGUGGGCUGAAAGGGGACGAUGCCGUCAAUGAGGUUUUUGAAGCCGUUGUGCUGUGGCUGGGCUACGCCAACUCGGCCCUGAACCCCAUCCUGUAUGCUGCGCUCAACAGGGACUUCCGCACAGCUUACCAGCAGCUCUUCUGCUGCAGGCACGGGCACCGUGGCUCCCAUGAGGCUUCCCUGAGGUCCCUAAGGCUGAACAACUCUCAGCUGUCACGGAGCCACAGCCGAGGACCCAGGUGGCAGGAGGAGAAAUCCCUCAAGCUGCAGGUGUGGAGUGGGACCGAAGUCACUGCACCCCAGGGAGCCACAGACAGGAAGCCGGCGCUGUCCUGCACCACGUGUGCCAACAGCCUCCUGAACUGCUGCAAGAGCCUGUGGGGGCUUCGGUUCCUCCACAGGCAGCAGCGAUGCCCCUCAGAGGAGCUGUCGGGGGAGCCACUGCCUGAGGACACCCCGACGACACUGUCCCAGGAGGCUGUCUAAACCCUGCUCCAGGACCCUGAAGAUUCUGCUCACCCAAGUUUGACCUCUGGAGCCCCCGAGGACCCAGCCUCCAAAGCCACGGAGAACUGGGGGCUCCCAGCACACACAGUGGGUGCCAUGGUGCCUAGACGCGGGCUAGACAUUGGCUCUGUGCUCGGCACCCCACCCUCGUGCUCAGGACUCCUCUGGGCUGAAUCCAGGGGUUCAGAGCACACGUUGGUGCUGGCCCUAAGUGUCAUGAGUGAAGACAGUGGGACGUACAGAGGUGUGUGCAUGCGGGAGCCUGAACACGUAUGUGUGGGAACCCGCUUGUCCUCUAAGCAGGGCAGAGGGUGCUGCAUAAACAGGCCUUUCGCCCUCUCAUGGAUCAGCAGGACAAAGGGAAUGGAGGAGGGGGAAGGAGAGGGGACUGUCUUCCAUGAGCACCUACUAUGUGCAGGCACCUUACCUCACCUGUGUGAGCUUUCGUAACCCUUUAGCAUGUCCUCAGGGAAAGGGUCACCAUCCUAACCUCACUGAGGUAGAAACUGAGAGUCAGAAAACUACAGGGCCCCCCUGGGGCCACUCAGCCAGACUGGAAGAGGCACUCAACAGAUUUUGGAAUGGAUGGGUGGGUGGAUGGGUGGAUGGGUG